CCAUAUUUUUGUAGAGGAAAUUUUGGCACAUAGUUUUCAAAUCUCUCAAAAUUCAAUGUCUAGAAACCAGUCCAAAAGCCAAAACUUGGAGGGAAAGGGAUAAGAUUAUUUUCAACAAAAAUCUCAUGGAUGAUAAAAACUCUAGAAUGAUCGAUAUCAAAAUAUUCACUUUUACAGAUGGACGGCUACGAUUUCUCCAUGUCACACUUAUCAACACCCCCUCAGUUAUAAAAUCUGCAGAAUCUGUUCUCCAUUCUACUCAUCUUCUUCGUUAGCACUCACCGAUAGAGAAAAACCCCAAAAUCAUGUCUAAGAAAGCCAUGGAAGUUGUAAAAGGCAUAGAUCUACAAAGGUACAUGGGCAGAUGGUAUGAAAUAGCUUCAUUCCCAUCGAGGUUUCAGCCCAAAGAUGGGAUCAACACAAGGGCUACGUACACAUUGAAAGACGAUGGCACUGUUAAUGUUCUAAACGAGACUUGGAGUGGUGGCAAGAGAGGAUUCAUUGAAGGAACUGCUUAUAAAGCUGAUCCCAAAAGCGAUGAAGCGAAAUUGAAGGUGAAAUUCUUCGUUCCACCAUUUUUGCCCAUCAUACCUGUUACAGGUGAUUACUGGGUGUUGUAUCUUGAUGAUGAUUAUCAGUAUGCUCUGAUAGGUCAGCCUUCCAGAAGUUAUCUCUGGAUACUAUGCAGGCAAACUCAUCUCGAUGAUGAGAUAUACAACCAGCUUGUUCAGAAGGCGACGGAAGAAGGGUAUGAUGUGAGCAAACUGAAGAAGACAACACAGACAGAACCGCCGCCGGAAUCCGAAGAUGCUCCAGCCGAUACCAAAGGGAUUUGGUGGUUUAAAUCAUUAUUUGGCAAAUAGACCUUGAAAACAGGAAGACUCUUAAUAAAUGAACGUAUAUUGAUGUUAAAUUCAGUUGAAGUGUGGAAGAAUGUAGUGGUUAUGUAGUUGUACAUAUUGCUUACCUGUGUGUGGUACAACUUCUUUCUAGUUCAUAUGGUAAUGAUCAAUGAAAAUGUUAUUGGUGUUUGAAUGUUUGAUCGCAAUUUGGAGAUUGAAAUUAUGUUUAUGGGUUUUUGCGGUGGGUCUGGUGGCAUGUGGGUGGGUUGCUUGUAUGGAAACGCGGGAUUGGGACGUGUCUAUGUGAAAAUGAUAGACACAAGAAACCAAUUCAAUUAACUUUUAUCUUGAAUAGACGAGUGAACUGGUUUUCCUGGUUUUAUGAUAUUGUGUGCACGCUUAUUGACCAUAAUCCAUUGAAUAGGUAUAUUAAGACUGUC